AAUCACCAAAGCGCUGACAAAAGUUGUGUUUUCGACGAGCGGAUUUCCAUUCAUUUUGUUGUUGGAUUACAGCUCUUUACGAAGUAGAGGCAACUAGAACACACAUAUCUCGUAUAUUUUUGGCUAUCUGUCGCUGUAUUUGACUUUUUCUGGGGUGGAAGAUUGUUCAACAUGUAUGACGGAUAUUACGAUGAAGCGCAUCAGUAUAUGCACGGAGGAAUGGGUGGAGCUGGGUCCUUUUCAGAAACGUUCCGAUGCUAUUCCGUAGCGAUGAUGCCGACAAGGAGCGAGAGACCUGAAUUGCUAUAUGGCGGAAAGAUCGUCAUGCCACAAUCUGCACUGACAAAACUUUCCGCCCUACAUAUCAGCUGGCCCAUGUUGUUCCAGCUCACGAAUCCCGCUCAUGAGCGAGUCACCCACUCUGGCGUGCUUGAGUUUACAGCCGAGGAAGGAAGAGUAUAUGUACCACAAUGGAUGAUGCAAGCACUGCUCCUGGAAGAGGGCCAAUUCGUGCAAAUCAAGAACGUCGAACUUCCCCUGGGCACAUUUGUGAAGAUCCAGCCGCAAUCAGUCGAUUUUCUGGACAUUACAGACCCUAAAGCAGUACUUGAGCAAGCCUUGCGCAACUUUUCGACUUUGACGGAAGGAGAUAUCAUUACAUUCAAGUAUAAUGACAAAUUAUUUGAUAUUUUGGUGAUGGAGACCAAGCCAGCUGGAAAAGGGAUAUCGAUUGUGGAAACGGAUUUGGAGGUUGAUUUCGCAGCGCCUUUGGGGUACCAAGAACCAGCACCUGUAGCAAGAUCUACACCGACGCCUUCACUGAUAGGGAGCACAACGCGCAUCGCAGAACACACCAUCGCUGAAGAGAUUGGUUUUGUGCCGUUUGGGGGAUCCGGGCAACGGCUAAGUGGCAAAAUACCAGCAACCUCAUCUUUGAACACAACAUCGGGUGCGAAUGGACCACCAAUUCCUGCUGCCCUGCGACUACCUCCGGGAAAACUCUUUUUUGGGUACCCUGUCGUUCCCCUCAAACAGAAAAACACCAACGCCGAGCCGGACGCGGUAUCCGCGACGACGUUCACUGGCCAAGGGCAAACCCUGAAAGCAGCCCGUCGGGGUGGGGGCACUGGUAGCAGUGGAGGCGGAUCGGCAUCGGGGAGCAGCGGCCCGUCAUCGAGUGGUCCUAAAUAAUACUUGGUUACCUGUAUUGUACAUAAGGGUCAAAUGGAAUCCCACCCUUUAUUUGCAUUGCUCUUUUUUUCCAGUGAAACCAAGUUUAAAUCACAAUAACAACUUGCUGAUUUGGGUCCCAG